GAUAAGAUAAGAGGAAAGAAAAACAGUAGUUUAACUGUUUAAGAUUGAAGAGGAGGUACACAUUACAAAGCUUGUGUCAAAGACACGAAAGAAAGUCAAUACUCACCAUGUGUACGUUGGAGAAACGCGGCGGCCUCUUUAUUUUAACCUUGACAGGCGACGAUCAGCACCGCCUCAAUCCCACUCUCAUCAGCUCCAUUCUCUCCGCUCUCUCCAAGGCUAAGGCCCAAUCAACUAGCGGCUCGGCCCUUAUUACCACAGCCCAAGGCAGAUUUUUCUCCAAUGGCUUUGACCUCGGCUGGGCGCAAUCCGCCGGAUCCAAAAAAGGAGCUCAAGAACGGUUAAGCCAACUGGUCGAAUUGUUAAAGCCUGUCGUCGCCGCUCUAAUCAACCUCCCGAUGCCCACCUUUGCCGCCAUCACCGGCCAUGCUGCCGCCGCCGGAUUCAUCCUCGCUUUGUCUCACGAUUACGUAAUCAUGAGGCGAGAUCGAGGGGUUCUUUACAUGCCCGAGGUGGACAUAGGGUUAACGAUUCCCGAUUACUUCGAUGCGUUGUUUAGGGGAAAGAUCGGUGCAGCAUCGACUCGGCGCAAUAUGUUACUGCGGGGAUUGAAGAUGAAGGGAGACGAGGCGGAGAAAAGAGGGAUCGUGGAGGCGGCGUACGAUAGCGAGGGUGAAGUGCAGGAAGCUAGCGUGCGCAUGGCGGAGGAUUUGGCGAAGAGAAAGUGGGACGGCGACGUGUACGCCGAGAUCAGGAAAGGGUUGUAUCCGGAGCUUUGUGCCAAGCUUGGAUUGACCACCAAAGCGUAUGCUACACCGAGGCUUUGAUUAAUGGUUUUUACUAUUUGAAUAAUCGAAUGUUGUUUUUAAUUUAAAACAGACGUGUACGCCGAGAUCAGGAAAGGGUUGUAUCCGGAGCUUUGUGCCAAGCUUGGAUUGACCACCAAAGCGUAUGCUACACCGAGGCUUUGAUUAAUGGUUUUUACUAUUUGAAUAAUCGAAUGUUGUUUUUAAUUUAAAACAGAAGAUUUGAAAAGUGUGCUAUUGUAUGCAAUAAGAUUUUCUUGAGGUUUCGUUCAUAACUAUAGACUAGAGAUGGAGGGUCGGCCGAGCAAGCCAACCCUAUGGCGUUCCACAAAUUAUGUCGGCCAUAUGUCUUGAUAGCCAUACAGCACCCACCAGACGAGGGUGGGCGUGGCAUAUUUAGCCAA